GUACAAUGCAAUGAAGGUUAUUAAGUGGCGAGGCGUAAUCUUGGCUCUUUGAUUUAGUGUGUUUCCUCCUUCUUAAGGGGCUGAUCAGUUCGUAAGACACUCAAAAUAUGGAUUUAAUCAUUUCAACAGCGUUUUGGAUGCAAAGCUGAAGUUGAAGCGCUAUCUUGGAAGACAAACUUGCGGUACGCGUUACCGCGUCGACAACUCGUGAGGACGCCAUUUUGUAUCCUAUUGAAUUUUCGUAGCCACUGAACGACGUAAAAUUCCAUUCAGGACGAGAUAUGACAAACUUUGAGAGCGGUAACCGAAAGUGGACACAAGAUGAAAUAAUCAACAACACGAAAAAUGUUGUUCGAGGGUUAGAAACGUUGAAAAAUGAACACUCUGGACUGCUGAAUAAUCUCGAUUCUAAUCGCGAUAAAAAUGAAGAUGAAUCGGAACUGGAGAGAGAAAAAGGCUCAAUUAUCCAGGAAUCCAUCGAGAAGAUCGAAUUGGGGUUAGGAGAGGCUCAGGUAUGAAAUUGAAUCUUAAGUAAAAAGCUUUCUUUGCGGUGUUCGUCGUGGUGGAAGUGAAAAUAUGGUUGUUGUCAUAAAAAUCUAGGGUAUGCAAGCUUAAUUUCAAUGUUAAUGCACUUGGUAACAACCGGUUUUGCUACAUGCACUUGAACUGAAGAAAUUAGGUUACUGUCAACUCUCAAGUUUAAAGGGUGAAAGCUAAUUUUUUAGACUCGAUUGUUUUGUGUAAAGUUGUUUUCAACGCCAGUUUAAAAUUUAUCGUUGAUGUUUUGUUUAGAUCAAAACUCAUUCAACCAACGAUAUGAUGAGUCAGGUCAAUUUUCAUAUGAUCAUGAAAACUUCGCUCAGCAACGUACAGAUCGAUUUUAUCAUUAUUGUCGAUAAUUAAUCUGAAAAUUAAUGUAGCUUUUGUCGGUAAAGUGAGGCUACGGUAGAUGAACUUCUGUGGAAUAUUCACCUUUUGAUAUAAAACAACUGAUGUAGAAAUAGAUAUGUUAAUAGGUAAAAAUCUAUAGUUAUGCCCCUCUAGAACCUUCUAGAAUUCUGACUAAAAGUCGGUAAGAAAAAUAAUGAAAAAAUAGUUUUUAACUUAUGUGCAAAUUCAAAAUUUCCUCUGUUCUUGGUCAGAUAAAAUUGGCACAGUUAAUCAUGUAGAGCAUCAUAUGCAAAAAACAUUUGUAAACCAAAGUGUUGUUUUUUUAAAUAUUUCUGAGCGGUCAUCAGUAACUAUGUUUGAGACCUUGCAGAAAGAAUAUUUUUUAUUCUAUUGGUUAAUGAAUUGUGCCAAACCUCCAUGGUCAUUCUUGCUAAUUAAGAUUUUUUUGUUGUUGUUGUUUGUUUUAAUCAAUUUUUUUUUUCUCUGAAAAAAUAAGACAUGAUUGAUCAUCAUUUCCCAGCUUUUUAGCUUCCUUUUCACUCAUGUUUUACUAGGAAGUUUUACUAGGAAUUUGUUCUAGUGUUGGGAACUACCUGAGAUUUCAGAAAUAACUGGACUGACCCGAUGGAUAGAUCAUCAAUUACAGUUGGAAAAUGUCUUUAUAAGAAUUCUAUUUAUUUUAUUUACAAAUCAAAAGCCGAAAAGGGAAUGCUAGAAAAACUGAGCAUAGCUGUUGUGCCGUACCCAUGUUUUAGAACAUGUCAAAAAUGUGAAAAGUAUUGUUAGCUGCCAUAUGAUUCUAUUAAAAAGGCAAGGCACAAGUUUUAUUACCUAUUCUCAUUUGGUAACAAUCAUUUUUUUCUUAUUUUUCUGGACAAUGGAUUAUUAUCAGGUGGCAUAAGGUUUUUACCCUUGAUUGAUUAUAGCCCAUGGUCAGCAUACCACUAAUUUCUUCCACUAGGAAAUUACAGUGCAUUUGUUUUUAGAUAUGUUUUUUGCCCUUAAAAAAUAGAGCGAUAACUAUUUUAAAAGGACAAAGUUUUGUAUUCUUUAAUAUUAUACAUGGAUAUCAAUGACUAUAAAUCCACUUGAAUUCUGCACUGUUAUUGAGGCAUUCAAACAAUGUAAUGAGUCAAUACUUUGAGCCAAUAUCCUUAUUGGUGUGAUUAAACAUUUUUUUAUUCUUACCAAAAGUUGUAGCUGAUUACAGGUGUUAACCAUUUUCCAAGAACAGGAAGUGGCAUUUUUGAAUAGUUAAAGUAGUUUUAAUUAUUGUCAUAAAGUUUAAGAAGAUAAAUUAAUGGAAAAUGCAAAGUUUUGAAGAAUUUUAACAAAUUGCUUUUAUUACACAAGAUCAUAGUGUUAUACUUGAAAUCAUUUGAUGUGGCAGUUUUCAAAACUUACUUAUCAUUAGAAAGUAAAAGCAAUAAAAUUCUUUAAAUUUUCUCAAAGUGACGUAAAGAAUUAUUUACAAAUUUAUGAAAAUUAUUCUGUUGAAUGAAUUUGUCAUCGCAUCUAGUUGCACUUUCACAUUUUUCCAACUGUGGUAUGGGUAUGAUAUACGGCAUUCUAGAUGUCUCCUCUAUAAAAUAGUUGACUGUUUUAUCCAGGUUUAAAUCUACAUGGUUUCACUACUUGGCCUUUAGAAAAAUCAAACUUUUUUAGGUAGGUAGACGCUUCCUGUAUUGACUUUCUGAGAGACAUUUGGCCGAGAUAAGAUUCAAGUACAGCCAACGUGGCAGGUGGUUUAAAAUAAAAAGGGAACGAGGAAGAGUCAAAAUUGGUUUACAAACAUCAUAAACAUACUCAGAGGCAAAAAUCAAGUAGGAUGUUACAAAGGUGGUUGCUCAACUUUUCAGUGCCGUGAAGGUCCUUAGAGUACUUUUAAUUAAUCAUUUUUGCUUUUUCAAAAUACAAGUAAUAACAUGCAAGAAUAUUGGUAAGGUUGUGGCAGUUUGUCUGCACUAUGGGAUUUUAUCCACCCAUUGAAGACUAAGAACUACAUGUGAGUUAAAUGUGUCAAGAAUUGAUUCUUUGGUUUGACAGGGUUGAUGUUUGCUCCUUGCUAAUAUUAAAAAGUUUAUGCAGUUUGUUCUUCUCCUUUUGAAAUCUGCCUUUGUCAGGUGAUGAUGGCAUUGUGUAGCCAUCUUAGUACGGUUGAGGCCGAGAAGCAGAAGUUGAAAGCUCAAGUGCGACGGCUUUGCCAAGAAAAUGCCUGGCUGCGGGAGGAACUCUCUGUUACUCAGCAGAAACUACAGGAGAGUGAACAAAAAGUAGCUCAACUUGAGGAAGAGAAAAAACAUUUGGAGUUCAUGAAUUCAAUUAAAAAAUAUGAUGAUGUAAGUUAGUAGAUUCUAUUGAUAUCUUCUUCGAAUUAAUCAUGUGUUGAUCACAUUCUCCCGUGCACUGUUGCACAGCUUGAGUAAAGGGCUUUUGUUUUAUAUUUUUCAUUUUCAUGUUUCCCGCACUUCUUGGAACUAUUCCAAAUUAGGAUAAACAUGUAAGUUUUGCCAUUUUUUUGUUAUUUACUGUGGUUUGGUGGGCUAGAGUUGAGACCAUAGGAUUGAAACUAUCAGUUUCAUUUUUACCUUUCGCAACUUCCUUGAAAUACAUCUUUGUAUUGACUUGUUAUAUUCAUCAUCAUCAUUAUAACUAUCCUCAUCAUCGUCAUCAUCAUUGUCAUUUAUUUAUCUGGGUGUUGAAUUUAUGGUAUUUUUGUACAUAUUAUUGCUGUAGUUGAGCUUAAUUAACUCCAAAUUAUUUGAAGUUGGUACUGACAGACUUAAAUUCAUUGUAACAGGAUGAGGGGAUUGAAAAUGAUAUUAGUAUCGAUCUGCUGUCCCAAGAUGAAGAGGAAGUAGAUGAAGUUGAUGGUGUGUAAAAUUUUUUUUAUUAUUUGUGUCAUAUACAGUGAACUCCCACUCCCCAUCUCUUUGCCAGGUUCAUUUUUUUAAGUGUCCAUCAUACAGAGACUUGCACCUUUUACAGCGUUGCUAAGACAUUUAUGCAAAAUUCAGUUGUGACAGGCCAGGUACUAUGUACAUCUUAGAUAAAUGUUGGCCAUAUAGGAAAGAUUUACAAUCUUGAGGAUGUUUACUACACCCUAAACAUCAAUAGGUGUACUAUCUUCAUUUCUCAGUACCAACCAGGAGAAUUUGUUUUAAAAAAAUCAAAGUAAUACCCUGGCUGAUUACAUCUUUUAUUCCCAAAAUCACUUGGAGUUUUAUACCAUUUAUAAUGCAAGUCUGGUUUCCUGUUUCUUUAGAUGAAACGUUAAGUCAAGCAUCAUCUGCAACUUCAGCCAGUGCGUCAGGUGUUUAUGAGAUCCCAGCACGGUUAAGAACGCUUCACAAUUUGGUCAUACAGUAUGCAUCUCAGGUAGGAUUUUGACUCUAAAGAAUGUUACAUCUUUAAUAAUUAAAGAUGUAAUGUUCUUUAGAGUAAAUUAUUAUACUGAUGUGUUAAAUCAGACGGAUGGAGACAUUGAUGUAGUUUUUCGUGAUGAAUAGCAAUAUCAAAGCUUUGUGUCAGGAAACUGAUUAUGUAUAAGGUAAAUCUAGUUGGAUUCUUCUAGUGUUAUGAAUAGAGUACCAAGUGAACCUGGGUUGCCCUUGAACAUUCUUGAAACAAAUAAGCCCCCUCAGGGGCUUUAUAGAGGAUUGACAGUCCUUUUUCUGCCGUUAGGGUCGAUAUGAAGUGGCUGUUCCUUUGUGCAAGCAAGCUCUUGAAGAUCUAGAAAAGACCUCAGGCCAUGAUCAUCCAGAUGUUGCGACAAUGCUUAAUAUCCUUGCUCUUGUGUACAGGUAAUAAUUUUUGGGCCAUUAAUUAUUUUUGCUGAGAAGAGGUUUAUACACACUAACUUCAAGCUUUACAGAUGCACAGUUACUUGUAUGAUGUCUCCUUGAAGCUUUCUUGCAGGUGACAAGAAGGUUUUAUUGAACGCAUAUUCUUAGUUUCGUCUUGUAUAAAACUGACCACCAUGUUUAAUCCUCAAAUAGAGGUUUUAUGUUAACUGUUUAUUGUUAUUCACAAGAUUUUGUUUGCAUUGUGACACUUACAAUGCACAACUCCAUUUCAAGUUUUCUUGAUUGACCAGGGAGAGUAAGGAUAAAUAAUAUGUUAUUGAUAAAUAUAUAUGUUAGUGCAUAAUACCUCACUCCUUGUACAUGCAGAAUGAUUGACAAUCUGUUGUGUUGAGUAUUCUUUUACAAGCUGCUAUGAACAAUAUACUCUACUUGAGAAUCAGAAGACAACUACUUGUACUAUCAUCCCAUUCAUAACAUCAACCCGUUCAUCCUAUCCACAAAUAGCUUAUUAGAACCAAUCACAUCAAACAUCUGCAGCAUUUUUACAUUUAUCAGUAAAUGAAAUGAUUUGAACAUAGGGAGGCAAAAUAAUUGUCUUUCAUCUGCCAUGUACAUGUGUAAUGAACUCAACAGGAUAUUGAAUUGUGCAUCAAGGCAUGAAGAAUCUUAGCAUUCAUUUCCCUCAUCAGAUACAAUAUAGUGCACCCAGCUGUAGAUCUACCUAAAAAUGUCCUUUGGGACAUAAUUAAUUUCCUCAUGAACCCGGUGAGACACUGCAUAGAAGAAGAUCACAGCUUGGACAGGGUAACCUUCAAGCACACACAGCUUAUGCUUGCUGCUAGUUCGGAGGCAUCCAUGGUGGACAGUGCUAUGACAGACAGCGAGUUGUCACUUGUAUCGGAAAUCAUGUUUGAUCAACAUGACAAAUUAUCGGCAAGGAUGGAGACUGUUGAGGAAACUGUUGGACAGUUCUUAUGUGGACAUGUGGCAAGCCCAGCUAUUAGAGUCUCAAAUGUAUAGAUGUGAGAAAGGACAAUCUUAGAUGAGCUGACCACAAAUUUCUUAAAGUUGGGGCAACAAAGUCAGUGAAAUUACAGCAAAAAGUGUAGCAAAUUAUUAUUUGAUAUUGAAUGAUACCUCUCUUCUAACAUAAAGACAGUCUUGAAGCUUCUUGUCAAUUUUUAUCAUAGAAAGAAAUUUUUUUCCUUUCUUGAAUGACUUUGUUAUUUGACUAUUUAAGUUGCCUAAUUCUUUUCUCUUCGAAAACAUUCAGUCUUGUAUGCUGAAGCCAUCGUUAGUGAUUCGAUAUUUUCC